UUCACUGAGUUUACAUCCGGGUUUUUUCCCUAGGCAAUGGGAGUCGCAGCACCGCCGUUCCUUAGGCAAAGUGAAAUAAAUUCGCCGCACCGACACAAAAAGUAGUCCGCUCACCGAACAGCCUUUCUGUCCGGCUCGGUUUUAUGAUCGGCCCGUUUUAAUGAACUUUGGCGCCGAACUAAGCCGGUAUCAAACGCUUCGCGGCGGAUUGGGGAGGUUUUUGUGGGCCGCGGUGUAGUUUUUGUGCCCCCUUCCUCCAGCUUGGCGGCGCAGGGAUCUGUGUUGUGCUGAGGCUGAGCUGAAUGAGAUUGAAGAAGAGUUCUUCUUGUUUUGUAGCUUCAGUUUCUCUGUUUUUACUCGUUUAUUUUACUCCAACAGCAGAACAAAGUGCAGUUCUGCGGGCAGGAGGCGGCCGGACUCCCGCUCAGCUGUGGCUCCACCGUGGAUCGGCUGCGAGGAGGAAAAUAUUUAAUUAAUCUGGAGGAGGACUGCUGCUGAGGCAGCACAGAGGGGUGGAGUCCAGUCCCACAGCCAGGCGCGGCACUUUAAUGCUUCAGUUGGAUGGUUUUCCUACUGGAGAAGGUGUUCAGGCUGAUCGAUCGGCUGGCAGACUGACUGGAUCCAUGAUGGAACUACAGACGCUACAGGAGGCUCUGAAGGUGGAGAUCCAGAUCCAUCAGAAACUGGUGGCUCAGAUGAAGCAGGACCCGCAGAACGCAGAUCUGAAGAAGCAGCUCCACGAACUCCAGGCAAAGAUCACAGCACUCAGCGAGAAGCAGAAAAAGGUGGUGGAGCAGCUGAGGAAGGAGCUGCUGGUGAAGCAGGAACCAGAGGCCAAACUGCAGCUGCAGGUUCAAGCUGCUCCAGUAGGGGGCGACCUGAAGCCGACCAACCUGCUGCAGAGCCAGCAGAUACCUGGAGGACUGCAGCAGACGCUGACGGUCACGCCGGUCCUCACCGCCAAGACCCUGGUGCUCAAAGCCGCCGCCACGCCCGCCCUGCCCGCCCUGCCUGGCGCCAUCCUGUCGCAGCGCCCGCCCACCGUCGCUAUGGUAACCACAGCCAUCACCAAGCCCGACUCGCAGAGCGUCCCCAUCAACCUGCAGGUGGCCAGCCGGCUGACCAAUCAGAGCUCGGAGCCCGUGCGGCUGGUGUCCAAGAACGCCGUGGUGCUGCAGGCCACCACCACCUCCUCCUCCGCCCAGCCAAUCAGAGUUCCUCAGUUUGUCCCUCCUCCUAGACUGACGCCUCGGCCCACCUUUCAGCCACAGGUCAGGCCGAGGCUGGCCACACCCACCAACGUCCCCAUCGCCCCGGCCCCUCCCCCACCCAUGAUGGCGGCCCCCCAGCUGCUGCAGAGGCCCGUCAUGCUGGCCACCAAGCUGGCGACCUCGCUGCCCUCGGCCGCACCCAUCCACCAGGUCCGCAUCGUGAACGGGCAGCCGUGCGGCAAGACGGGCGCCACCCCGCUGACCGGCAUUGUCAUCACCACGCCCGUCACUGCCACGCCCACGCGGCUUGCAAGCCCCGCCCAGGCUCUGACUAACCCCGCCCCUCUCCCCAUUCCCCCGCCUACAGCCCCACCCAUCCAGAUCAGCAGCCUGAUCUCUGAACCCAAGCUCUUCAUCUCUCCAAACCUUAACCUGCUGUCGUCACCUUCCUCCUCCUCCUCAUCCUCCUCUCAGCAGACUGUUAAACUGGAAGCAGCAGAACAGAAAGCAAGCGCGGUUAGCCUGCCGUCCUCCUCCACUCCGCCUCUCUCUCCACCUCCUCGACCCAGAAAGGAGGAGAACCCCGAAAAACUGGCCUUCAUGGUGUCUCUGGGCCUCGUCACACACGACCACCUGGAAGAGAUCCAGAGCAAACGGCAGGAGAGGAAGAGGAGAACGACGGCCAACCCGGUGUACAGCGGAGCCGUGUUCGAGCCUGAGAGGAAAAAGAGUGCAGUGAGUUACCUGAACAGCCCUCUGCACCAGGGGACCAGGAAGAGAGGUCGCCCACCCAAAUUCAGCAGCGUCCCGGAGCUGGGCAGCCUCACCCCGACCUCCCCCUCCAGCCCCGUCCGUCCCCUCCCCCUGCCCAGCCCCGGCUCUGGGGACGGAGACAUCCACGAGGAUUUCUGCACUGUGUGCAGACGCAGUGGCCAGUUGCUCAUGUGCGACACGUGUUCUCGUGUUUAUCACCUGGACUGCCUGGAUCCACCCCUGAAAACCAUUCCUAAAGGCAUGUGGAUCUGUCCAAAAUGCCAAGACCAGAUCCUGAAAAAAGAAGAAGCCAUUCCCUGGCCCGGCACCCUGGCUAUCGUUCAUUCCUACAUCGCAUACAAAGAAGCUAAAGAAGAGGAGAAGCAGAAGCUGAUGAAGUGGAGCUCGGAGCUGAAACUGGAGCGUGAGCAGCUGGAACAGAGAGUCAAGCAGCUCAGUAACUCCAUAACGAAGUGCAUGGAGACCAAAAACACCAUUCUGGCUCGUCAGAAGGAGAUGCAGCUUUCCCUGGACAAAGUCAAGCAUCUCAUUCGCCUCAUCCAAGCCUUCAACUUCAACCAGGCCCUGGCGGAGACGGAGGGAAAGGACGUCCGGGUGCAGGACGGCGCUCGGGUCGUUGUUGGCUCUGGAGCUGCAGCUGAAGUCGGUGCGACGGGGAAGCUGGUGGUGAGCAGCUCUCUGGUCAGCAGCAAACAGGAGGAGCAGCAGACAGAAACAGCAGCAGCAACAGGAGGAGGAGGAGACGGCAACAGCACAGUGCUGACUAACUGCCCCGCUGCUGGGGCAGGGGUUGCGCCGGGGUUAGGGGGUCACACAGAGACCACUCCUUGUGUGGAGGUUCAGCCCAAGCCUGAGACUGAGGCAGCUCCUGCGGCUCCUGCAAAGGUUGCCACCACCAACGGUACGACGGAGCUGCCGCCAUGCCCUGCCCACAGCCCUGCCGCCGCUGAGAACAAGAUAUCUGCUGUGAACCCUGCAGAGACGGCGGUGGAGAAGAAGCAGGAGGAGCUCAGCGACGGCAGCAACAACAGCAAAACCUCAGAACCCUCCCAGCAUUCUUUGCCAGCUCUGCUUAGCAGUUUGGACGAUAAAAAGUAACGCUGCGUCCCUGUGGUUGCAGGAAGUCGAACAUAUAUAUUAAAAAAAGAAAAAAAAGACCUUUGCUUGCACCGCACGGUGCCCUGAAGUUGCCAAUCUGUAUAAAUGUUGUUUGUUUGCAUUGUAUUGUCAGACUGUGUCAAUGGUAGAUGUACAGCCCAAGUCACGUGACUCUGGGAAGACCCGGGUCAUCAUGCCAAUUAGUGAUAGACGUCAUGGAGGGAACACUCAAAGGAAGAUUUUCUUCAUCAUCACACCGGUGUGUGCCUGUUACAGUGGCCCCUGUGUUCUGUUGACGGCUCCAAGGAGAACCCAGAACAUGGAACCAAACAUCUGCGGGGGGAGCUGGUCCAAGAAGCAGUGUUGUAAACGUUUGUGUACUGAAAAGAGAACCUGUUUGCAUCCUCGUCCCGUCGACCCUGACGGGAACGGCGCUCCACAGUCCGAGUUCUCGAUUAAUUUCCUCACCUGAAACCAAACCAGAACCCAAUCAGGACUGAUCUCUUCCAACCCGAAGGCUUCAGUUUGAUUCAAGCUGUCAUCACAAAACAAAAUUGAUGAGGCAAAUGUGACCAUGAAGUGUGUUUUCAAAACUUGAUGUUUGUCACCCUUUUCUUCACUAGUAUGCUCUCACCAGGCUCCACCCACUUUUUGGUCAGACUCCGCCCACUUUUUGGUCUGACCUUGCCCAUAUUCUGCAUCAGCUCAGUUUAAAUUUGAUUGGGUGAAAAGUUAUGACACCCUUUAGUUCAGGAGGAGUUGCAAACAUUUUACUUUUUUUUUUUGUUUUAUAUGAAAAGAAACUAAAUGAGUCAAACACAUGAGGUCACUCCAGCCUUUUAUAUCUAUAGAAAAGUGUUGCGACUGAUCAUGAAUUUAACAACCGAAGUCAAAUGCCUUAUUGGAUUACUUAACUCAAAGGUGUCCAAAGUGUGGCCAGGGUGCCAUUUGUGGCUCUUGAAAUUAUUUUGUCUGCCCCUUGACUUCAAGUCAAGAAUGGUAAAAAAAUUUGGCUAACAAAAUGGAAAACAAUUGACGAGCCAAACAAAUUGGCAUUUGUCAGUUCUUUUAAUAAGAAACUGGUCCAAAACCUAUUUUAUGUUUUGGAUUUUUAAUAUUAUAUAGAUUUAAUUAAAGUGUUAUUUAUUUUUUGUAGGUAAAACUAAAAAAAAGUCGCUAUAAACUAAUUUUUGUAUCUUAAAUUUAAUGAAUUUUGUGGCCUGCCAGUAGUUUAAAUUUGCUCGUUUUGAUCCCCAGAACAUUACUAGUGCAGGAAGUCCAAACGAUAUAUUUCCAAACUUUUAUCUUCAGCUUAAGUUUUGACUUGAGCUCAGUUUGUUGAGUUACCACCUCUUUAUAGGGGAUUUCACCUUGUCAAACAGUUCAGAGAACAUUUCAGGGUCCCCAAAGGUCCCACCAAUCAGUGAAGGAAGGUCUAACUGGGUUUCCUUUACAAGUGAACUCACACUGAGUUGCAAAGUUCCUUUGAAUCAUACUGAAGCCUUUGAAACUUUAAAUUAAUCCAAAAAUAGUCCAACUCUGUCUAUUGACCCUAUCACCCACCAUCAUCACUUUCCUUGCAGUCCUAGGUUUUGUACCAGGGUCUCCCAGUGAAGGCUGGGUGCAGCCCUCUGGAAGACUGUUGUUCCCUGAUGGACUCUGGGUUGAACCCCGAUUUGGUCCCGGGAUGAGGACGAACAGGAGCGGUAGCCUAACAGAUGUUCUCAGUGGUGUCGGUCAGUGUAGUGAUUGAGUUUUCAUUCGUGAGUCGUGUGUGUGAGCGUGUGUGUGUGAGCGUGUGUGUGUGUCAACUGUGAGCACUAAAUGUGAAUUUGCAAUAUUGCAACGUCAACACACACAAACUCUAUCUGGGCUGUUUGUUUUUUAUAGGAAAAGAUAUUCAGGUCUUCCUAGUCUCCAGAAUAAGUGCUUUCUGUUCCUGAACCUGCUGGACUGGCAUCAUCAUCAUCACCAUUGCCGUCGUCGUCAUCAUCGCCGCCGCCGCUGGGCGGUGGUGAUCGUUUGAAUCCUGAACUGCCAAAAUCCUGAUGUUGUUUCCAAAUUCAGCAGGGACUCGUCCUCUUACUUUCCUCGAAGAUCAAAUCAUCGGAAAGAUUCAGAUGCAAAGUCCCGGCCGAGACAGGAGAGCGUUGGGAACAAUAACCACAGCAGGACGUGUUCCCGUCCUGAGGAACCGAGGAAUCUGUUGGAGGUUAAAGGACGACAACACAAUUCCUGAGAUUAAAGCACAAGCUUGCUGCAUUACAAAGAAGUGCUGAAGAGCUUUUUGUACGUUCCCGUGGAGUUAAACAGAGUAUGCAUCUCUUCAUUGUCGUGUGACUUCCCCUUACAUUGCCAAUAUUUCCCCUCGGUGUGACUCUGAGGCUGGAGUCCGAUUAGGAGUUUGUCCCACUGAGUCUGGCUUAGAGCCAGACCAUGAAGCCGAUGGUUAUCAGAGCAAUUGAUCGGAACAUUGACAAGGUGAAUAGAGAUUAAAGUUGCCUCCAUUUAUGCUGGAGACUUUAGUUUUACUUGGGGUUCCUUUGGUUCUCCGAUGUGCUCACUCCUUCCUGAAUGCGAGGAAAUGUUUCAGACUUUUUUAGGAGAAUUCCCUCUGAAAAUUCUUUUUGUUACACAAAAUCAGUCCAGAAGUAUAUAUCGCCAACUCAAGUCCUCAAGGGCUACUGUCCUGCUGUAACUUAGAUCCAUCCCUGCUCCAACACGCCUGAAUUACCUCCUUACCUUGUCAUAAAGUACUGCUACAGUACUUUGUACCUCGAGAUAACGAGGCAUUUGUUUGAUUCUGGUGUCUUGGAGCAGGGAUGCAUCUAAAGUCAGGAGAUACGCCUUGUUUCCAUUGAGUGGUGCAAUUAGGGACACUAUUUGGUCUGUUUGAACCGACUUGUACCACAGCAUUCCUAGGCUCCCUUCAGUUGUAGGUCUAUGGGACAAUAGUACAGUUACGGCAGAGAUACUUGUGUCACACCACAGUCCAUUUGGAGAAUAUGCGAUAAGCAUGAGACGUACUAGUAAGUCAUAUUUGUUGUUGCCUUGUAAUAUUGUGUUUAGGGUUUAACCCUGCCAGUCUAGUGUGAGUCCAAUUGUUGAUGGAAACUCUCCCUUGAGAAUGCCGGUCCAUUGUUUGGGGGACACGAGAAAUACUAGCAAAUCACAUUUGUCGUUGCACUUGCAUGAGGCAGUAUUAGACAUUUGUGUUUGAUCCCACCUGUCUGGUGAGAGUCCAACUUGUGGAGGGAACGCUCUUGAAUAUACCGGAUCAUGCCUCAGUGCAAACAAGGCAAAAGAGGCGUCCCUGCUCCAGCACACCUGAAUUACUUUCUUAGCUAGUCAUAAAGUUCUGCAGAGGCCAAGUAAAAAAUCAUUUUUGAUUCUGGUGUCUUGGAGAAGGGAUGGAUCUGAAGUUGAAGUUGAGGGCUGGAGUUAUAAAUCGUUACCACAGAGCGGUGCAGUUUGGUAUGCUUUUUUUGUCUGUUUUCAAUGAAAAAGCAGCCCAUAAAAUCAUUCCGUACCGCACCAUUCCUGGACUCCCUUCAGUUGUAGGUAUAUGGGACAAUGGCACUGUUGAUUGGGGCACAGAAAAACAUCUUUGCUCAAGACAUACUAGUUCUCAACGUUGGGCAUUUGGAUUUAACUUCCUCUGCCCAUUGAGAGUCCAACUGGUGUUUUCAAACACUUUCCAACAUGAAUAAACCAGACAAUAAAAUGGCGUACUGGACCGUACCGACCAAUACCAUCCCUCUCAAUGAAAGCGAGGUGCUAGAGACCUCACCUCUAAGCUCAUCAGACAAAUAUCCCAACACUUCUCCCAGAAAAGACCUGUUUCCUCUCAUGAUGGUGGGAGUGAGCUCCUGUUUGGGUGGUGAUCUGUUGCGGGCGUCUUAGUUUUUAUUUAAAUUCAUAUCAUGCAGACUCUUGUGAGUGAAUCGGCAUAUCCCAAUGGCACCUGGUUUUCUCCCAUCAGCUGCACAGACUGCCUUCAUUCCAAACACCCCAGAGAAAUAUGUGUGUGUGGAGGGUGUGUGUGUGUUGGGUGUGUCCUGUAGAGUUCAGCUGAUCUGACGGAAUGAGCCAGACGGGAAACCCAAGUGUCCCCGCUUCCUUUUGGGUCCCACUUGUCAUGUCUAAAUCUCCAUUGGGUGGACAUGGUUCUCAUUCCGACCCGUAGAUCCGAUCGGUCAUCAGGUCUCUAGAUCCUUCCCUCUGUACAGUAGGUACCUCUGAGUGCCUUUCUUCAAACAGCAGAUAAUAUUUGUCUCUUGACUUGCACUGUGACUCGUAAAACUUAACAAAACCCUCCGGGAUCGCCCCCCACCUGACACCGAGCCCUGUCCACGAUAGCCCCGCCCCAGAGGAAGCUGCGCCCCACUCCGCAGGCUGUCAGGAGUCGAUGCAAGCUCGUCACUUCACACCAACCCGUUUGAUUUGACCACAUAGUGUUCUGUUGUCCAUCCCUAGAAGUUGCCUUAAAUGUAUUUUAUUUUCUGGUGAAAUGUUCAGAUUUCGGGUCAUAGGGGGUGGGGUUUGUGCAGAGGCAGUCUGAGAUCUCACUCUGAUCCGUUUGUCAUGCACUUUUAGUUUGAUCAGUAUUAUCAGAGCAGAGAUGGGUUAUGUUUUAUUCUGAAAAGGCCCCCCCACCCUCUCUUUCUUCCUGUCUCUUAUUUUGGAGGAGGGAUAAGUUUGCAGGAUCAGGUCACAUGACCCGGAACGCAUUUCGGAUGAACAAACCUGGGCCCAGCCAGCAUCACCUGUGCUCGCUGUGGUGCAGCACAUGCCUUCUUAUGCAAGUUUUUAUACCAACCUUUUUUAUUAUGCAUUGCUUCGGUUUUUUUAUGUUUUUAUGUGAAACUUAAGUCACCUUUUUUCUGAUUUUCUCUGAACAUUCUGGCAUCUCGAUGCCAAACGUGUGCAUGUGUUUACACAUUCAGGUAGCCAUUCAGGGUGGGUUUUCCCGGACAGUGCCGAGAGGUUUGCUUUUAUUAUGGGGGGGGAGGGAUUCUGUUGCAGUACUGCGAGUGACCACCGGGGGGCGGACUGGAGCGAGAGUUUGGCGCCAUCUCGGCUCUCCUUUUAGCUUAGCUUUUAUUUAACUGCCGUUGCUGCGUGGAAACGGGGCGUUGAGAUCUAAAAUGCUCCUUAAUUGAAGUCUGGAAGCGAAUAUAUCCAAAGAACUCUGCAUAUCAUCGGGGUGUGAGUUUUCUGCGUCGUCCAUCGACUGUUUGUGGGUCACGCUCGGGGGCUUCCGCGUGGGUCCUGGGGAGGAGGUUUGCUUUUCAUCUUUCGGUUUUAAAGCGAUCAAGUCAUGAUUGUGGCCUUCUAGUAUUCUGUGGGUUCAUGACGUCAUUCACCUGUUGUUCCCGCUCAGCAUCCAUCCAUCCAUCCAUCCAUCCAUUUAUCCUGUCUGGAUCCUCUACACCUGCAGCUUCUUACCUCAUCCACAGCUGAGUCCAUUGGGGGUGUGUUGAGUGCAAAAAAUCUGAAAAAUACUACAAAAAAAUAAAAAAUACAAAAAAAAAAAA